GGAGCGGCGGCGGCGGCGGCGCCCCACGGCGGAGGAGGUGAUCGCGAGGCUGAGGGACGAUGGCGACUUCGACUCGCUCCGCCUCAGAAUCACCCGCAAGGUCAAGGAGAAUAACUGAGUUUAGUUUCCUAAAUGCAAAAAAGGGUAUUGGUGAUGCGUGGGCCACAUGUUCGUCUAACAAAUGUGAAUCUAAUGAUCAAGCGAGUCGGAGAGGGAAUUGAAUACAGCUUGUGGUGAUCAAAUGCGAAGUCCACUUGGGGAGGGAAGAAGCUUGUGCACUUGAGAACCAAAGAAAGACGAUAUAUCUUUUAUUAAAGAGAAAUCCAAAGUGCAGGAGAAGGGAUUGAACUAUUAUCCCGCCGAUCGACUUUAGAAAGAUGGCUAAUCUAACAUGGACAGUUGUGAUUGAGGCGGAUUUCGGGAUGCAAUGUUGGUGAGGGUGUGAAUCAGGCAACGACAGAGAUGCAGACGAGCCCCAACUUUGCGGUGGUGGAGGUGGAACCAGUGUGAAGCACGACAGCAUGACCAUAGGAGGAAGGAGACUACAUUACUUCUAAGAUUACAUUCUCCCUAUCUUAAAGUUACACUAGCAUUACUCCUAGGAUAGAGUAAACUGAUUGGUGUUAUCCUUUAUGAGUGUGCCACUUAUCGAACAGCUGGGACGAUUACUGGAGCAGCCAUGUCUACGAGUGCAUCUGGAUGAGCCUGUUGCUCUCCUGCUACCAUAUAAAAUUGGCACCUAAUAGUUCGGGUUCAUCAUUUAUUCGCCUCAUCAAUCUUCAGUUCGAGGGCUAAGAUUGUGCCAUGCCCUCAAGCCUCAAACUGGAACUCACAGGCCAUUCUUCGGUGUCGACACUAACAAAGGCAAGAACUCCUCAUGAGGAAGAACUGCGGAACAGCAUAUUGGCAGAGGUUAAGCAAUCGGUGGUACUAAAUGAAGAAGGCUCUGAAAAACUGAAAAUGAGAGAGCUUUCAGAUGCUAUAUAUCAAGAGCUUGGGAGCAAAAUUAUGGGCCAAAUUUCCGAUGAGGUGUGGAACAUUAUAAAGUCAAGCGAGACAGAGAUCAGACAAACAGUGGAACUGGUCUACAAUAGGUUAGUGAAUCCAGAGGAGAACAUAGAAAAGAAAGAAGCUCAUGCUUCUCCACGAAAAAAGCACCGAAUCAGUGACCAAGAGAAUCACGAUUCACCGGCAAAACCUUCUAAUUGUGAACCAAAUGUUUUGGAUGAGAAUGAACUAAAUGAACCGCCGGGAUUCGUUCCAAGUGUUCAGCAUAGUGGCACGAAUCGUAAAUCAGAGAGCCCGCGGCUUCUUCAUGAGGAGAAGCCACGAUUACAUGAGGAGGAGAUGGUUGAUCCGCCACCUGGCUUCAGUCCUUGUAGUGAUCAGAGUGCUUUACCCAGAGGUGUCAUCGAUGAGGAUCCGGAUGUUCCUCCUGGAUUUGGGUGACAAAUUGGAUGAACUGUUACUAAUUUAGGUUAAUCUGCGCUAACUUGAAGCGAAUUUGCGAAACAGUCUUGCAAUAUUUGUACAUAAUGCAUUGGAGAAAAGCGAGUUUCUUCUUAUUGUUUUUGCUUUCGUAUGGCUGCUCAAUUUGUUUCAAGAACUGAGGGUUGCAGGCUUUAUAGCCAUUUUUGUAGCGACUUACUCUGGUCGUAAUCUUACACCGUUAUAACUUAUGAAAUUUAUAUGAUUGUUCUAUGCUGAAUGUUAUCACCAUCCUCCGACUUGUUUCCA